AGAAAAUAGGAAUUUAAGUUUUGAGAGGUAUUUCAUUUGUGACGAAAGAUCCUGCUUUUCUUUCCCAGAAUCUGUCAAAAAUAAUCCUCCACCGCCAACGGCAAAUCAACCUCCCUUUCGGCCGUGCGCCGCCUGCCUGCACUACCUUGUUUGAUUGUCUUCGAUCUCGGAUUCUCGAUUAUACCCUCUGACCCUUUUAUUUGUUGGAGAUUGUGAAGGAGGGGACCUCCUGACGUAUACCAAUGACAACUGCUCAGACCAUGACGAGUCAGCUUAAUAAAGUUAAUGAGCGUGCAGCGUCCUCUGCUUCCAAGGUUCAGAACCCAACUUCAUCAUACAAAAGAUUGGGAAGGAAAUCGCCAUUUAUGAGAUAUGGACUUCCUAUGAUCUCACUAACGGUGCUUGGAUCUAUUGGUCUUAGCCAACUUCUGCAAGGCAGCAAGGAUAUUGCUAAAGUAAAGGACGAUCAAGAGUGGGAAAUCAUCGAAACAAGAAAAGCUCUUUCCAGGGCUGGACCUGUCAAUGCAUAUAACCCCAAAAAAAUUAACUUGGAGGAAGAACUAAAGGCUUUGCAGGAGAAGGUGGAUAUUAAUGAUUAUGAAUAUAAAAAAAUCCCGAAGCCCAAGGAAAGCAUAUAAAACAACGAAAAGGUUACUGAGAUUCUUUUGUGCUAUAAUUUUGCAGCGUGUAGGGAUUCUCUUUUUCAAUAAUAUACCAGCAGUGCAGCUCUUCCUUUCCUUGAGUUAACUGGUGAAAUUUUUUUGAUCGGUUGUUGCAUUGUGUAUGCUUUUAGUUGUAUAUGCACCUCUAAGCAGGCUGAAUGUAAGUGACUCGUAGCCAAUUUUGGGAUUUUAAAUUUCCUGAAACAACCUAUCCAGAGGAAAGUCAGCUGUGCCAUUAAUGUGAAUAUUUAUGGAAGUAUUCUGUGUUCUCUUAGUCCUGA